AUGCGUAAGAUGAGCAGGGGAAGAACGACAGGGCCAAAUGAAAUUCGAGUAGAAUUUCGGAAGCAUGUGGGUAGAUCAGGAUUGGAGUGGAUAACUGGGCUGUUUAAUAUUAUUUUCAAGACGAAAGAGAUGCCAGAAGAAUGGAGGCGGAGUACGAUGAUUCCGCUAUACAAGAACAAAGGCGAUAUCCAGAACUGUAACAACUAUAGGGGCAUCAAGCUAUUGAGUCGUACCAUGAAAGUGUGGGAGAGGGUAGUCGAAGCGAGGGUGAGGAGGCUGGUGUCAAUAUCCGAGAAUCAGUUUGGGUUCAUGCCUGGUCGCUCCACUACGGAAGCGAUCCAUCUUAUUCGGAGGAAGGUGCCUCCGGAACUUAAAGGAAAGUUCUAUAGAACGGUGGUUAGGCCGGCCAUGUUGUAUGGUGCAGAGUGCUGGCCAGUGAAGAAAUCUCAUAUCCAGAAGAUGAAAGUUGUAGAGAUGAGGAUGCUGAGAUGGAUGUUCGUACACAUUAAGCUAGAUAAGAUUAGGAAUGACGAUAUUCGGGUGAAGGUGGGUGUGGCUCCCAUGGAAGACAGGAUGCGGGAAGCUAAGCUUAGAUGGUUCGGGCACGUGAAGAGGAGAAGCCUUGAUGCAACGCUAAUGUGA